AGAAGUUCUUCGUUGUUCUUGUUCUUACACUCUCCAUUCCCAUUCCUCAGUGAACACCACAAAAAUGGCAUCUAUUUGCACCUCAAGAAUGUUGCUACGCCGCUUUGUGCGUCCAGCUCCUCCUGCUUUCCGCUUACGGCCCCUCUCAACCCCACUUCAACGCCGAGCUUUUGCCUCACACCAAGAUGCAACCUACCCCAAAGUUCCGUACGAGAAAGCUGAAAAUGUUGGAGGGAAGAAGUUCAGCCAAUUCAAUCUUGCGGGAAAGGUGUUCGUAGUUACAGGUGGAGGUCGUGGCUUGGGAUUGUGUAUGGCUGAAGGGCUCGCAGAAGCCGGCGGCAUAGUCCAUUGCCUGGAUCGAUUGCCGGAGCCUCCCAAAGCUUUCGAAGAAGCUCAGGCGCGACUCAAGAGGAACUACAAUUCGAGUCUUGUAUACCACAACAUGAAUGUUACGGAUGAGGAGGCUAUGCGAAAGUGUAUUGCAGAUAUUGCGGCUGAGAACCAGCGCCUAGAUGGACUUAUUGCAGCUGCCGGGGUUCAGCAAGUGACAUCUGCGCUUGACUUUAAGAAAGAGGAUAUUGCGAAGAUGUUGGAAGUCAACUAUACCGGCGUAUUCCUGGCAGCCCGGGAGUGCGCCCGUCAGAUGCUGCAGUACAAGAUCCAGGGCUCUAUUUGUCUGAUAGCAUCGAUGUCUGGAACCAUUGCGAACCGAGGCUUCAUCGCUCCUGUUUAUAACUCCUCGAAGGCUGCUGUGGUUCAGCUGGCGCGCAACCUAGCCAUGGAGUGGGGUAGGAAAAAUCCAGACGGCUCCGGCGGCAUCCGAGUCAACUCGCUAAGUCCUGGCCAUAUCGUUACACCCAUGGUACAAGCAAACUUCGAUGCAGGCGAGGCCAAUCGAGAAGAGUGGGAGAAUAAUAGCAUGCUCGGCAGGUUGAGCACGCCGGAGGAGUACAAGGCAGUAGGUCUUUUCAUGUUGAGCAAGGCAAGCAGUUACAUGACCGGACAUGACCUGAAGAUCGAUGGUGGCACAACUGCAUGGUAAAACAGCUGUUGUUGCUCGCUGGUGACAGCUUUUUGCGCGUUCAGAGCGACGAGUCCGGCGUUUAUAUGAGUACCAGUUGCCGAUGAAUCAUGAUAUAGUCGGGGGGAUGCCUCGAAGAAGUAGCAUACCAAUACAUGCUUUCGAUAGAAAA